GUGUUCUGGUCACUGUUGGCUAAGGUGUAUAAUAAGAAGAAGCGUAGCUUUUUUGUCAAUAAGAAUAAUAAUAGGAAUAAUGAGUAAUGAUAAUGUUCUACGCCAGAAAAUAUUGAAAUCUUAGAGGACAGAAAUAAAUUAUCAGAAUCAGCCGAUGUUUUUGAUUUAUAAUAAUCUCAAUAGUGGUCAGCUUAAACAAAAAUCAACCUGUAUGCAACUGACUUUUCAACAUGGAACCUUGCAGAGUUUGUUUGGAUGUUUCUGAAUCAAAAAUGUAUCCCCUCCGAGGGACUAUUGUGAACUGUGAUGUUAGCAUUGGCGAGAUGAUCACAUACUGUACUUCAAUUGAGGUCGAUCCGGAGGAUGGUUUCUCAACUUCUGUUUGCAUACCUUGUUUUAGGACAAUUCGAAUCGCAUAUAACUUCAUUCGCCAGUUUAAGGAAACCUACGAAGGAAUACGUGAUGGUACUAUUCAGCUGCAGUUUCAAGCGAAUGAUCAAGAAACUAGUUCAACUGGCGAAGAGGAAUCCAACAAAGAUGAUCGUGAGGAAAGUGUGGAGGACCAAGUGACAGAAGCAGAUGUGAUAAAAGGAGAAUUAGUGACGUACGAGGAUGAACAAGUAAUAGUAGUUGAAGUUGGAAAUGAACCGGAGGCUAGCAAAAGUGUUCCCGAUGAAGAUAAUCCGUACCAAGACCAGACUUUGGAAGGUUUUGAAUCUUUUUCUCCGAAACGUGAAGGCUCAGACUCGAAACAGGAAACGUUUAUGUUGCCUGAACAAGACUGGGAAGGAUGCGAAAUCAAAUAUGAGUUGGUUGAUGCUGAAUUUUGUUUAGAGGAUGAUCCAGUUCACCAAAAAACCUUGAUGGAUUCGCCGGAGCAGACUGUCACAAGAAAUGUCAAAAAAAAAGAGUCCCCUAAUGACGAACAACAGCACUCAAAGUUGAGGCGGAAAAUAAAAACACUAUUGUCUUGUCCGCUCUGCCCGAAAUUGUUAUUCUCCUCAUAUGAAAAUGAAUUCAUACCUCACUUUUCCGAGCACAAGGAUGAAACGUUCACUUGCAAUCUUUGCAACAGCAAUUCCACUCAUAGUUACAAAACAUUUUUGCUGCAUUUCCACCAAACCCACAGGUUCCAGUGUCCUUAUUGUGGAAAAAGCUGUUCCAAACCCCAGACCCUGAGUACCCACAUGAGAAUACAUUCUGAACAUAGCUACAAAUGCACUUUCGAAGGUUGCAAGAAGACCUUUCCAGCAGCCUGGAACUUGAGAAAACACCUUACCGUUCACUCAGAAAAGACAUCUUACAUCUGCCCAGAGUGUGGGAAGGAAUUCAUAACCUACGACACAUACAGGUACCACCUGAAGAAGCAUUCGGGAAGAAAGUUUCUGUGCACCCAUUGCGGACAAGCUUUCAUGCAGUCCGUCCACCUCAAGUACCACAUGUGGAAGCAUACCGGCAUUAAAAACUACAAGUGCGACCUGUGCGAUAAAAGCUACACCUGCGUGACGCAGUUGAAGAAGCAUCGGCGACGGCAUCAUCCGAACGCGAAGGAGUUUGUGAAAUAUGAGGAGAUAGUCAAAGCGUCUGAACUUCAUGAUAAAGUCGGCGUUUUUCAGUGAUUUUUGUACGUUUCAAUCUGUGACCUUUUGAGUACCAUGUACCGAAUAUAAGAUUGAUUGGAAACUUGGACGACCUGACUCAAAAUAUUGAUCUUUAUUUUGUUAGACUGCAUUAAAUAAUUUAUUCAAAGCCUCUAAUGAAUUCCAAUAUACAGAUUACCCGUUGAUAAAUAAAUACAUAUGCUGUAAUUACAGAACUCGUUAAAAACAAUUUGUGUCAACUGAGCGCGAUAUCUCCCCCUUACUGAGGCGCCAUCUAUGGGUUCGACGGAGAACUCGAGUAUAACGAAGAUUUACGAGGCUUCCCAUUGCAGAUGUCGAAGCAUUGUUUUAUCUCAAGGGAGAUUGCCUGACGAUGCCAAGUUGGUACUUCAAUUUCCAUUGUUAUUUAGAUUUGGAAAUACAUUGAUAUUAAGUGAAAUACUUUAUAGUCCAUAAAUUAAAGAUCUGAACAAAAUA